GGUGCAGACAGCGCGGCCCGGCGGCGGGGCUUCGGCCUCGGGAGCCCGGGAGAUGGCGGCGGGGACACGGCUGGAGGAUGGUUCGCUGGAUCUCACACAGAGUAUGGAAGAUGAUCCCCUUCUAGAUGGUCAACUUCUGCCACAGCAUUCACUGCACGUUCAUUUCAGACCUAGAUUCCAUGCCCUUCCCACAGUCAUCAUAGCAAAUCUUCUCUUGUUAAUACAUGUUGUAUUCGUUGUUUUAGCAUUUUUAACAGGUUUGCUUUGUUCUUAUCCUAAUCCAAAUGAGGACAAAUGCCCAGGAAACUACAUCAACCCGUUUAAAGUUCAGACUGUAAUCAUCCUUGGAAAAGUGAUUUUAUGGGUCUUCCAUGUGCUUCUUGAACGUUACAUCCAGUACCACCAUAGUCAAGUGAGAAAUCAAGGCUACAUCAUGAUGUACAGAUCCACUAGACAUCUUAAAAGACUGUCAUUAAUGAUCCACUCAACUGGCAAUGCAGCACUGCUCCUCAUCUUGUGUAUACAGCACUCUUUCCCCAAUCAUAGUACCCUCUAUCUCGACUUCAUCCUGGCAGUCCUGGCCUUGGAGCUGAUCUGUUCACUGAUAUGUCUGGUCAUUUACACAGUGAAAGUAAGAAAAUUUAAUAAAGCCAAACCAAGACCUGAUAUAAUUGAAGAAGAGAAGAUGUAUGCAUAUACCAAUAAUAGUACCUCAGAGACUGGAUUCAGGACUAGUUCCUGUCUAGAAGAAGUAGUCGAAAAGCAAGGAGAUAUAAUUGAAUACCUGAAACGACACAAUGCCCUGUUAAGCAAGCGACUGCUGGCCUUCACAUCCCCAGAUUUAGCUUCUCGGCCAAGGAGAGAAUGAAGGCUCCCAAAGUUUCUGCAUUUCUGGAAUAAUCCAAAAUAAAACCAUUCACGUUGGACCUUUGGACAAGCUGCCAGAAUUCAAUUAGAGCUUUUGCUGAAUAGUUUUUAAGAAAUAAUUUGUGUUGAAAACUUGAAUUUUGUUUUCAGGAAGCCUCCUUCUCCUUCAUUCUAAGAAAAAGCUCUUACAGUCUGCCUUCAACUUUCCCACCAUUCUUUAAAAUAUAUGGAAGAAGACAGAUUUUUUUUGCAACUCAGUUUGAUGUCUGCAAUUCCAUUUUAAUCACUUUGUAAGAAUUAUGGAAUAUGUUUUGGUUUAAAUAACAGGUAUGUUCUGGAAAUUCUUUUAGGAUCCUCAGGUUUUGAUGUGUGUGUGGAUGCCCAUUUGUACUUAGUUUCUAAAUUGAAUAAUAAAUAUUUUUAAUUGUCCAAACAAUAAAUACUACUGAAAAA